AUGAGCGACCUGCAAAAGACCUUCGCCAAGUCCAAGCUGGCGAGCCUGCCGCCGGAGCCCCCAUUGCGGGAAGAAGAGCAAGAGCCGGACCUCGAACAACAGCAAACCGAAGACGAUUCCUCGUCGGCAUCGUCCAUGUCCUCGACCGGCACCGUCGUGCCCACAGCCACGCAGAAGCCCGCUCCAGCCAACACAGACUGGAUGCGCUACUUUGCGCAGGAGCUGUAUCUCGAACACAGCGACGGCAGCGCAGCAGGAUCGCCGCACACCAAAUACCACGUAUACGUGACGCCACCGGCGACGCCCAAGACGCCGCUGAUUGUGCUACACCACGGAGCGGGCUCAUCGGCGCUGACAUGGGCGCUCUGCGCGCGCGAGAUCCGCCGCAUGAUGCCGGACGUGGGGAUUCUGGCGGUCGAGGCGCGCGAACACGGCUCCGCGGUGUAUGAGGCGGACGGGACGCGCAGCACGGACAUGGGGCUCGCGCGGCUGCGGGGCGACUUGCUUGCGAUGCUGGCACUGACGCAGGCGCGGCUGGGGUGGGCGGCCCUGCCGCCGUUACUGCUCGUGGGACACAGUCUGGGGGGCGCGGUGGUGGUGGAUGCGGCGCGCAGUGGGGAGCUUGGCGGCGCGGUCAUUGGUUAUGCCAUCUUGGAUGUGGUGGAGGGGUCCGCGAUGGAGGUGCUGGGCCAUAUGCGCACGUAUUUGGCUGGUCGGCCCGGCAUCUUUCGCAGCGUGGAUGCGGCUGUUGAGUGGCAUGUUCGGUCGCGCACGCUGAGGAACCCGACUAGUGCGAGGGCUUCCGUCCCUAGUUUGCUGGUGCAGACGGAGAGUGGGAAGUUUGUCUGGAAGACGGACUUGGGCAGGACGGAGCCGUUUUGGAGCGAUUGGUUCACGGGUAUGAGCUCGAAGUUUUUGAGCGCGAGGGGCGGAAAGCUGCUACUGCUGGCGGGGACGGAUCGGUUGGAUAAGGAGCUUAUGAUUGGGCAGAUGCAGGGCAAGUUCCAGCUGCAAGUCUUCCCCGCAGCCGGCCACUUCAUCCAAGAGGAUCUGCCAGAUCAGACGGCACAGUCGAUUGUCGAGUUCUUGAAACGGAAUGAUAGGAGCACCCUCGUGCUGCCGCCGAAGGUCUCGGACCUCCUUGCGCAGGGGAAAAAGAUUUGA